UCGAUGAUGGCAAAUCAUUCCAAACGCGACCAUUUCAGAGUCUCAAUACGACAACCGCGAAAAGAAGCGAAACUAGUGAAAUAAUUAUCCAAGUGUUAAUAUAAAAAAAAUGCGUGCUUUUAUCGUCCUGUGUGUCUUAGCCACUGCCUACGCAGAUAAAUUGGGCUACAACUAUCGUCCAGUUGGCCAUUCCGAUAGCGGUCUUUCAUUCUCGCCCGGCAGUGGUUCCAGUGGUCUCGGCGGCAUCGGCGGUGGUAUUGGUGGACUCGGCGGCAUCGGUGGUGGUAUUGGUGUUGGUCCUGCUGUAUCAGCUGGUCCUGCCUACCAUGCACCAGUAGCACCAGUUGCCGAAUACGAAAAGGAAUUCUUCACAUACUCUGCUAAUGACAACGACUUCAAUGAGCCUGCUGACAAUGGUCAAGUGAUCGAAUCGUUGAAGAAGAACUUGCGUGUCAUCUUCAUCAAGGGACCCGAAGGCAAUGGCUUGGAGAAAGCCGCCGUCAACCUUGCCAGACACGCCUCAGAGGAAAGAACCGCCAUUUAUGUGUUGCAGAAACAAGCCGAUUUGGGCGGUUUGGCCAACCAAUUGCAAUCUCAACAUGAUGUGCACCGCAGCAAACCCGAAGUACACUUCGUCAAAUACCGCACACCCGAGGAUGCUGCCAACGCUCAACGCGCCAUUCAAUCGCAAUACGAUCAAUUGGGCGGUAAUUCUCAAUCUUAUAACGGUGGUGAUGCACCCGUACACAACUUCGCUUCUCCAGCUGCUCGUCCAGCUGCACGUCCAGUUAGCGCUCCUGGUGCUGCUUACUUGCCAUCAUCGAUCAUUCGUGUUUAAGCAAUGAAUAUAAGCGCGAUAGGAAAAUUGAUUUCGACUCUGAGAUGUUGUUAUAUAUAGACUGAUGAUACCUGUUAUUGUUGUUAUCUACUUUUAAUAAAUUUUUUACUUGAUAUUGCAUA